CAGCAGCAGCAGCAGCCGCACACACGCCGAGAGACGCCGCCGGGGAGACCAGUGAUACAGCAAAACCCGCACCCCGAACACCACCCGCCGCCAUGGAUCUAACCUCCGGAAUCCACUGCUAAGUGACCACUCUCGUCUUUGUGACGGAUAAAGAGGUGUCUGGGACUGAAUUGUGACUCUAGGAGAUCCACAGCUGUGAAGAGCGGAGCUAGCCGGGGAUGGAGACUGGCAGCUAGCUAGGUCAUCACUGCGAGGCGGAUCACUCACUCACUCAGCACGCUCUGCUUUUAAUACGUGUCUUUUCGCAAAGGGGAUGCUGGUUUAACGGUUUGCAGGCUGAUCGUGUACCGGCGUGAGUGAGUGGCAACAUCAGCUGACUUUAGCGCUAGCUGCUGAGCAAGCAGCCUAGCCGGGCUGUAUAAACACCAGAGAGACAGAGAGCACUUUGGAUCAGUAUUUUUGUCUUUUUUUUUUUUUUUUUUUUUUUUUUUUUUCAAUUGGAUUGUCUGUUAGACGUAGUUUUGGCAAAACGGCGACCAGCAGUCUUAGCGGAUACCGUGGGAGAGCAAGUACCGCCCGGGUCGACUCAUGCAUCACCCGGAGCCUGCAGGAGACUCCGGCAGGAAGAUGGCGCAUCCGGCCGGCCUGCACAGACGGGGCAGCAGCACGGGCAGCGGCUCCACGCUGUCCACGCCGGCCCACCCGGGGGUCGGCAACAGCCACGUCUCAGCCGAUGAUUAUCAUCAGCCCGCCCUGUUGAUCCAGCAGGGUGGCUCUUCCUCCCCGGGUCCCCAUCACCCUCCUCCCCACAGCCUGAAUCUGCUCUCCCAGCCUCAGCCCGCACAGCAGACCGGGACUCAGAUGAAAAAGAAGAGCGGCUUCCAGAUAACGAGUGUGACUCCAGCACAAAUAUCAGUUAGUACCAAUAACAGUAUUGCAGAGGACACGGAAAGUUACGAUGACUUGGACGAGUCCCACACGGAGGAUUUGUCCUCUUCUGAAAUCCUGGACGUGUCCCUUUCCAGAGCGAAUGACAUAGUUGGAGCUGAGAGGAGCUCUUCGGAGGAGACGCUGAAUAAUUUUCAUGAGGCGGAAACCCCUGGAGCUGUCUCCCCCAACCAGCCAUCGCACCCUCAUACCCUGAUCCAGGGACAACGGCACGGUGGAGCCAUGGUGAACGGGACGAUACACCACCAACAUCCUCAUCAUCCUAACCACGGCCAGAGCUACUCUCUGUCCUCUGUCCUUGGAAACGCCCAGUCUGUCCACGCUUCUCAAGCUUUACCUUGUCUCGCCCAGAAAAUGCCUUCUAAUGUGGGGGGCCCUCAAGAGAAUGUUUCCCAUGCUGCCCCUCCAAGUAUCAUUUCUCAGCCUGUGGGGAUUGUGGCCUCAGGAUCUGUCCCUGGAAUGCACAGCUCUGCUACGGGCACCACAGUCAGUGUAGUUAAUCCCCAGACCAGCAGUGUUAGUAAUGUGAAUAUGUUGAGCUCUGCCAGUGUGCCUGUGAGAGGGGGAAUCAGCACGAGUGCUAGCAGUAGCGGUGGUGGCUUCCCCCCCAAUGUGAUUAGCAGCAGUGGGGGUGGUGCUGUUCCAGCCGGAGGUAACCAUAUGCACACCACUAACGUCAGCAUGAUCCAGCAACACCAAAACAUCAACUCCAACAUCACCAUGACAACUACAACAAUUGCUGCUGCUGCUGUUGUCAAUGCUUCUGGGGGCAUGGGAGUUCCCAGCGGGAUCCAGGGAAGAGUUGGGUCAGCUGUGUUGCAGCCUGCUCCUGCUCCCGCUACAGCUGUGGCCUCUGCUCCUGUAUCAGCUGCUCCAACUCCAGCCCCUGCAGUGGGUGUUACCAGCUCUCGCUUCAGGGUGGUAAAGCUGGACUCUAGCUCUGAGCCCUUCAAGAAGGGCAGAUGGACAUGCACUGAAUUUUACGACAAAGAGGCACCAGCCCCUGCGCCCUGUACUUCUGCACCUGACACAGGGUCUCUCAGUGUACGUCAGUUUGCUUCUGAGAGCUUUACUGGGGCCUCUGAGAGGGAAAGCACAAGUGGUAGCUCUGUGAGUAGUACUCUGAGUACAGUGAGCCAUUACGUUGAAAGUAGUGGAGAGGCUGGUGGACCUCCAGUCCCCCAACAUGCCCAGGAUUACGCCUCCGCUCCUCAGGGCUAUCAAGGUAUUCUCGCUAGUGGAUUAAACAUGGGCGUACCUCAAACUCAACCUCACAUGCACACCCAGGAUAUCACCCAUCCACAAGUGAAGACCACCGUGGCUCCCUCAGCUUCUGCCAACAUUCAUCAGCCUGCAUCCAUGUCCGGUCACCAGACUGCCAUUGGUCUCCCUACACCUGCUGUCCCCCAGCAGCAGCUCACCUACGCCCAGGCAGUUGCUAAUCAACCUCCAGGCUCUUCACAGGGCCUAAUGGGUGUUCAGCAGCAGAAAUUAGGCUAUGCCACCCUUGCACAACAAUCAGCUGCUACUUCGCCAGCACCCCCAGUGUCAAUGAGGCCAGCUGAGUACAUCCAGCCGCAACAGGGGAUCACCCAGGCUGCUGCUUCUCAGCCUCUUUCCAACCAAACUGGCUCAGCACCUUCUGCGCCAGCAAACGGAGCUAGCCACAUGAUGGGAGGCCGUCAGCAAUCACAGGGACUUCUUCACACACAGUCCCCGUCUUUACAGGCCACAAACUCCAGUAUGUCCUCUCACGUUGGAGUAGCAAGUCUGAGCCAGCAGCCUCAGAGCCACCCAAGCCAUCUUGAUUGUCAGCAGCAGAAGCCGCAGUCACUCCCGACACAGAUCCAAAAUCCAUGCCUGAGCAGCCAGCUGGCCACCACGAUCCAUCAGAACCAAGCAUCUGCACCUAGUAUGCCUCCUCCCAACCCCCAGAGUGAUCAUCAGGCCCAAACUCAAGCCCACAGCACUGGUAAUAGCGGUCGGAUGCCUCUACAGGGUGUUCUUCAUAGCCAGCCCUCGUCUGCCGGCUUGACCCAGGACCACAGCAGUGCCCAGGCCCAAUCUCAUGCUGCCCAGGCCAGUGCUCUCUACGCCAGUCUGCCCAACUUCACCACCACCCAGCUGCAGGAUGCCCAGCGUCUGCUCCUCCAGCAUCAGUCUGCUUUGUUAGGGCUGCCCAAGCUAUCUGCCGGGGAAGCUGGAUCUGGAUAUAACACCGGUCAAGGUCAAGAAACUGAGGGCAAUUCCACCACCGCCAGUGCCUUAACUGCACCAGCUGGUCUCAAGCCUGUAGAUGGAGAGGAGGAGGGCUCGUCGGGAGCCAGUGUUGUGGCCAUAGACAACAAGAUUGAACAAGCCAUGGACCUGGUAAAGAGUCACCUGAUGUAUGCUGUGCGUGAGGAAGUGGAGGUCCUGAAGGAGCAGAUCAAGGAGCUGAUUGAGCGCAACUCGCAGCUGGAGCAGGAGAACACGCUGCUGAAGACAUUGGCCAGCCCAGAACAGAUGGCCCAGUUCCAGGCCCAGGUUCAAACUGGCUCCCCGUCGGCCCCUCCAACGGCCGCCCCGACCGGACCACCGAACGCCGCCACCCUCACCCAGCCCGCCUCGCACACCUCCGGCCCCUCUGCGUAGCCUGGCCUGCGCACACAGACUGACAGACUUAUCAUUUUUGAGUUCUGCUUCAGCUGCAGAGCCAAACAUUGCCUUCUACAGCAGGAGGUUAUGCUGUUGAGACAAAAAUUUGCACAUAUUUAUCUUUUUGAAGGGAGCACCCAGCAGGACAAGCAGUGCUGUGCUCUUUGGCACAGUAGAGGGUGACAAUCUUGAGAUUUCUGUAUGGGGGGUUGUUUUCAUAGGAGUUUGAUUCAUCAAACAUUUGCCAAAAAAUCCUUGGUCAUCAACAAGAAUGUCUUACCAAGAAAAAAAACAACUCAUCAGUGACGAAAACAUACCUAGCUAUAGAUUUGAAGAAAAAUCACUGUGCCUGUGUUAGGAUUUUAAGUGAUAUACUGACGAUGGAACUGCAGGAGGUGGAGGAUUGUAUUGGUUGUUAUCCAUUUUGCUGAAUGAUGUAAAUAAAAGCUGUUCUCUAUCAAGGGUAGUUCUUAAAUGUUGAUAGAGACUUGAGAAGAAAUAACAAAUCUUCUCAGAGUGACAGAUGAAGAAUGUGAGCAAUUAUUAUCAUGGCAAAGUCCCCAUCUGGAAUGGGGGAGUUGACAUGGAGGGAUAGGGAAGGGGUGGGAGGUUAUUUCAAACAACACUUGGCAGCAUUGACGAUGUUACUUAAACUGUGGGUUGGUGGGAUGAACAAAACAUGGUUUCUUAUGGAGAUGAUAAUCUAUUUUCAGUAUUUCACUUUCACGCUCCUCAUUUUGCCCUCAGCAGAGCUCAUUGUUGCCGUUUUCUCAACCCUGAAGUGGCAUGUAAUUUAAACUUUUGACAGGGUUGAGACGUGGGGCUAAGCUGCAGUUCUUUAGCUUUUUUUUUUGUUUUGUUUUUGUUUUUGUUUUCUCCCAAAAGUUUGAUGGGCAGAAGAUGUACAUUUCUGUAUAGUGUAACUACAAUGUAAAAUAGUGAGGAGGAUGAGUGGAAGAAAAAAAAAACAAAUGAUAUCUAGGUCACUGAGAAUGAUGCAGAUGUGCAAGGAUCGCGUGGUCUUAGCCGGUCUGUGUCAUCUAUUUUUAAUGCUGUAUUUUCAGGACUGUGGAUUGACAGGAAGUUAGGUUAUUUAACUGGCAACACACCACCAACAAUGUCCUAAUCCCUUAUUGCAACUCUGACUGUAAAACAAUUUUCACACUGCUCUUUUUGUUUCUGAAGUAUUGCACGUUUUUCUCUUUUAAUUUCUUUUUUUUUUUUUUUUUUUUUUUUGACAGUGACUUUUGGAUCUUAACAUACAACCAUGGGGGAAAAAAACACAAACUGUAGAGAUUUCCUUUCUUUUCAUUCUGUGUAUCAGUCGUAUGCUCAUGUUCUGUGCAUGUUUCCGCAAAGACCGGAUGAGAUAAUGUAACAUAAAUACCUACAAUUGCACUUGACAGCUGAACUUCACAACUUUCAAUAAACAUGCUUAAGGAAGAAUAACAAA